AUGAGAAAAUCUCUGUUUUUCACCGUGAGAAACAGAAGCGUUUCUCACGAUGGCAUUUCUGUAAUAAAAUUGAUGUUUUUCACUUACUGGGAUGCUGACUCGGAUGCGCCUAUGUGGCAUUUUGCUGAGUGGACGCUGAGUGGGGACAUUGUGAGAACAGGAUUCGCCUAUGUUAUGUUACAGAUUUCGGGUGAAUUGUUUUUGAUGGAGAAGACUGGUAUCAUGACUGAUAUUAUGGAAAUGGAAACUGAAGGCGUUAUUAGGGGCAGUGAGAUUGGUGUUGGUGAUUGUGGGAGUGUCGUUAAGUUUAGGAGUAACGUUGGUAUAGAGGAGGAGGGCAAUGACAUGGAGGGUAUAGAAGACAUAGUUGUUGCAGAUAGUUGUGAUGAGGGUGUUGGUGUAGUUGGUGCAGUUGACAUGAAUGUAAAUAUUAGGUAUUUAUCCCCCGUGAAAACAAUUCAUACGACUCACACUGUGGUUGGUAGCAAUGAAAUGCGUGUAAUUGUUGAGGAGCCUAAGGAAGGGAUGGUCUUCCGGUCUUGGCAAGAGGUUGAAGCCUACUAUAAGGAGUAUGCUGAGCAGAUGGGGUUUGGAGUGUCAAGGGUUCAAGGCGUAAAUUCUAAGACGGCGAACAAACAAAGAAUUGCAAGCACGUGGAGGUGUGAGUGUUGGGGUAAACCCGACAUGAGGGCUAGGAAGGAAGCGAAGAAGAGGGCAAAGGCAAUGGGUGUUGGAGGUUCAGGUGGUUUAGUUGAUGGGGUGGUAUGUGAGGAUGAGUUAAGUCGUAGGAAGAGGACUUCGAAAAAGUGUGAAUGUGAGGCCCGUGUUUAUGCUAGAGUGAAUGAAGAUGGCAUGUGGGUGUUGAAGACAGUGCACUUAAAGCAUAAUCACAAGAUUGAUCCGGCAAAUUCUAAGCUUGUGAAGGAGUACCGCAUGAAGCAAAUGACCUCAACAGUGAAGAAGAAGCUGAUGGAUUUCUAUGAGCAAGGUGUACCAAUUUCUCAAAUACACGGUUGCAUGGCGACCGAACGAAACGGUAACAUGGCUCUCACCGUCAAAGAUUUACAACAUGAGGUGUACAAGGCUAGGCGGUUGAAGAUGGUUGGAGGGGACUCGGUGGCAAUGAUGGAGAACUUUGAAAAAAUGCAAUUCGGCAACCAAAAUUUUUUCCAUGCUCAACGUUUGGAUGAAGAAGGGAGGCUUAAGGAUGUGUUGUGGGUGGAUGCAAGAAGUAGGGUAGCUUAUGAGGACUUUGGUCAUGCGGUUUGCUUCGACGCAACAUACCUAACAAAUGAGUACGAGCUCCCAUUUGCGAACUUUGUUGGUGUGAACCACCAUGGGCAAUCGUUGUUGUUGGGAUGUGCUCUUGUUUCACAUGAAGACUGCGAUACUUACCAAGAGUUCAUAAACCCUCUCAAAGAGCUGGUGUAUGAGAGCUUUGACCCCGAGAAGUUCCAAACCCGAUGGGCAGAGUUUAUAGCCGAGUAUAAGUUGGAGGACAAUGAAUGGCUACAGAGCCUACACAAAGAGAGUCGUAUGUGGGUGUCUGCUUACAUGAAAGAGUUUUUUUGGGCUAGUAUGAAGACCACACAAAGGGUGGAGAGCAUCAAUUGGUUUUUCGAUGGCUAUGUUAACCGCAAAACCAAGCUACAUGAGUUUCCUCAAAAGUAUUGCAUGGCCUUGGAUCAACGCGUUCGAGAUGAAGUGAGUGCAGAUGAGCGUUGCUCGAAGUACCUUAGGAGGUUGGUUAGUGGCUUCAAAGUGGAAAAAAUAUUUCAAAAGUUGUACACGGACAACAAGUUUCAAGAAGUUCAAAAGGAGUGUACGAGAAUGAUGUAUUGCAACGUCCGAGGAGAGAAGGUUUUGUCUGAAAACCUUAUUCAGUAUUCGGUGGUCGAUCGUGUAUGGAUAGUACCUCCCAGUGCUAGUGAGGAUGUCAUUACAGAUAGGCGACGAACCUACAAUGUUACUUUCUUUCCAAUGACAAAGGAGGUGCAGUGUGACUGUAGGAAGUUUGAGACAAGUGGCAUACUUUGCAAACACUGUAUUAGGAUUCUCGAUGAAAACUUGGUUGAAGAUCUGCCAGAGAAUACAUUGUAG